GGAGUAUCAGGGGGAAAAGUUCUGGCAGGCGGCGGAGGGCCGGGCCCCGGCAGAAGCCGCCGGGCGCUCCGGGAGCGCUGCCAGUGCCGGAGGCGGCCCGAGCCGGGGCCUGGGCACAAACAGCUCCUCCGUCCCGCAGGGCGCGGAGCCGGGCCCCGGAGUGCCCGGGACAGGGGGGCGGCGGGCCCCGUGCUUCCCGGGAAGCCGGCUUUUCCAGAGGGGACCGGGGGCCUCCUCCUCACCAGGUAGGAACCUCUCUGCUCUGGCUCUGCAUCCUGGAGAUGGCCUCACCCAAGGUUGCAGUGGUGGGCGCAGGAGUCAUCGGCCUGUCCACAGCACUGUGCAUCACAGAGACUUGUCCCAGCUGCUCUGUGACAGUCCUUUCAGACCAGUUCAGCCCCAACACAACGAGUGAUGUGGCAGCUGGGAUGCUCAUCCCUCACACCUACCCAGACACACUGAUCCACAGACAGAAGCAGUGGUUCAAAGAAACCUUCACUUACCUUUUUGCCAUCAACAACUCAGCCGAGGCAUCAGAGGCUGGCAUUCACCUAGUCUCUGGUUGGCAGGUCUUUAAAAGCACUCCCAAAGAAGAGCUACCUUUCUGGUCAGAUAUAGUGCUGGGAUUUCGAGCAAUGUCUGAAGCAGAACUCCUAAAGUUCCCACAGCACCGAUUUGGUCAGGCUUUUACAACCCUCAAAUGUGACUGCCCACCCUACCUGCUGUGGCUGGAGAAAAGGUUGAAGGCAACUGGCACCCAGAUGUACACCAGGAAAGUGGCAGACUUGUGGGAACUGCACAGUGAAUAUGACGUCGUUGUCAACUGCGCAGGCAUGGGAGCUCACCAGCUGGUGGGGGACAAGCAGCUCUUCCCUGUCAGGGGACAAGUACUCAAGGUUCAUGCUCCUUGGGUGAAACACUUCAUCCGGGAUGGAGAUGGUUUAACUUACAUCUACCCAGGGAUACACAGGGUGACCCUAGGGGGAACCAGGGAAAAGGGGAACUGGAGUCUGUCUCCUGAUGCUGGCACUACUAGAGACAUCUUUGACAGAUGCUGCUCCCUUGAGCCCUCACUGCAUGGAGCUCAGGGUAUCCAGGUGAAGGUGGGCCUGAGGCCGUCCAGGCAGUGUGUGAGAGUGCAAAGAGAGGUUUUGAGCCAAGGAGGAGUUAAGCUCCCAGUGGUCCACAAUUAUGGGCAUGGGGCAGGUGGCUUUUCAGUGCACAGGGGCACAGCCAAUGAGGCUGCUCAGCUGGUGGGAGAGUGCAUUUCUGCUCUGCAAGGUUCCUCAUCGAGGGCCAAGCUUUGAAUCCCAGACACUCCUUUUCCAUUUACAGCUAGUGCUGCAUAUCCUAGUAGCAGCUUGGACUUUUAGUCCAUUACUGUAUAGAGGGAACUAAGUCAACAGCUUGUUCCAGUGCAGAUACUCAGUGGUAUCUUCUAUCGCCUUGGAAAGGCAUAAUGUGUUGAUCCAAGUAUUAGUCCAGCUGAUCAUCUCCUCCAUCUGCCCUGGCAUUUGUCCUAGCCUCAUGUGAAGAAGACAAGAUACAUAAAUACGCUUCACAUAACAGGGUUCAAAUUGCUGCAGUGUAGUACAAAUAACAUCAAUUCAGCAUUUCUGCAUCUGCAUCUAAAGGGUGUCAGAUGCAGUAGGCUCAGAUUCAGUAAAAAUAAGUUGUCUCCUCUUGUACCAAAUCUAAUCUAGAAUUGCCCUUGUUUAUCAUUGUCUAUAUGAUUUAGAAGGAGAAGAAAACUCCAUGCAGUGCCUCAUUACAAUGCUUCAGAAUGCUUCAGCUCUUACAGAAAGCAGUGUUAGGUCACUGUCACACACAGUGACCAGGCAAGUGUGAUUUUAAGAGCAGGUCUGUGAUACCCAUCACUGCAUUUGCUCAUAUUGCACCUCAGGGAACUUAAAGUUUCUGCUAAUAUUGCCCCACAUGAGCUACAGUUUUGUGCAUAUUUUCUCACACUAGUUUGCAAAUCUGUUUUUUUCCUUCAAGGCCCUCAGAUUUUGCUCUCAGACACCAAUGAUUUCCCCCCAUCUUCUCCCCUCCUCCCCUGCACAGCAACAUUGAUAUGGCCUUUGUUCUGUUGAAGAGGAUUUUUCAGAGCGGGCUUGGGAAUGCAACAUCUCUUUUCUACUUCAUAACAACACUGGCUGUUUUCCUUGCAACAGCUGAUAUGAAUAAAUUGGAGACAAACCUACAAGGAUUUUAACACCAGCAUCAGUUUCAUAGAAGAGCCAUUUAAGACAAGAUAAAUACUUUAAAGAAAAAUUUGUCUGUAACUGGACAUGAGCCAGCUCUUCUGCUGUAAAAAGGCUGAGUCACCAGAGCCCAGAUCUUUUCACUCCAUGGCAGAGGCUCUGUUGAGCUUUACACUCCCCUCAGCAAUUCAAGCCCUUUGAUGUGUCUGAAGAUAAUCACUCCCCAGAAUGGCAUCUUACCAUCAAAGUACAGGUCUGACUCUUAGUGAUUAAAUGCCUCAUUAAAUCUUAAAUGGCUCACUUGAGAGUGUUACCAUCCAUUUUUGUCUAGCUUUUUUGUUCAUAGAAUUACAAAACUAUUCAAAAUCCUUCAAUAAUUUCAGUGAUUAAAAUUAACUGAUAAAUAAAUUUCUAAUAGUGGAGCAAAGGUCACUUCUGUAGUGUUUCCUUUCAUAAGCAAGGGAUUUUCUUUCAUUUGGGAUGGCAAGAAAGGCCACAUUCAGCCAUGGCUGCCAACUCUUGCUGUUCUCAGGGGGGAUGAGGACAGUUAUCAUUUGCAAGGGACAGCUGUCAGAGGAAACCAAAUUAAAUUAUAGGUCAAUAAGUGCCUGGGACCAGUCUAAGCCAGCCCUGCCUUCAGCAGCCUCGUCCUCUUUUUCUCAGUUCUGAAGGCUAAUUUUGCAUUCCCCCUUCCGUCCCCCCCAUUUGUCCUUUCCAGUGGUAUGAGAGGACAGAGCUGCAGCUUUUGGCAGCAGUGUUGGCAUAGGGCUUGUCAAACUGCAGCUUUGUCCUCAGCUAACACAAAACAUAAAAAUACAUAGAAAAAUAACAUAAGAAUGGAUUCUUUUUUCUUAAUCUUUAUUUUGAGCUUAAAAAUAGCAAACAGUGUAACUUACCCUGGAGCAAGAAACACUACUACUAAUAAUAGGGUGAUCAUAGCUCCAUAAAAAAAGCAAAGCUAUGCUUGUGCACUUCUCUGCAGGGCGAUGGUAUUCUUCUAAAAUUGUCUGGUUGAUACAGUGUCAGAAUAGGUUUGGCUGCAAAGUUUAUCUGUCUGGUGUCCUAGCUCUGCUCAUGGCCAGCAGAGGAGACAGCCACUUCUAGUUGUCUAGGAUCUAGGAACUUCUAGGAUCUUCCUCUUCUGAGGGGUAGGUUAGCGUUUCAGAUGAUUUAUCUUCCACACAGUUGUUGACUUGCUUCUAAAACCAUUCUAAACCAAAUAUCCUGUGAAAACAGGGAGGGAGAAACAGAAAGGGAGAAACUUCUUUGUCUUGGAGCAGAGCUUGUUGCCUUCAACUUUGUCUUCAACCUGAAAACAUCAUCUGAUGCCACUUUCUUGCAUGUAAUGAGAGGUAGUGACUCCAUAGCCCAUUUGAGUUUAGAAAGCUCCAACAUAUUCUCUCUCAGAGUCUUCUCCCCGCCCUACCCCCUCCCCCCGAGUAUCUUGGUUUACAUAAUACAUAAUUUCCUCACUUUCACAAGUCCUGGUCUUCAUGGGGACACACCUAUUGGAGAAGACAGCACAGUAAAGCAUAAGCAAUCCAAGAGGUUCCUUCUCCAAGUGACAGAGCAGCCAACAAGGCAAGGUGCUAUGCUGGACCCUGUUCUUGCUGACAAGGAGGGGCUGGUGUCCCAAGUGAAGUUAUCUCUCAGGGGUCAGCUUUCUUAAACAGCUGGUGCUGUUGAAAAUCUUUGUCAGUGACACAGACAUUGGGAUCAAGGGCACCCUCAGCAAGUUUGCCAGUGACACCAAGCUGUGUGGUGCAGUGGACACACUGGAGGGAAGGGAUGUCGUCCAGAGGGACCCUGGCAGGUUUGAGAGGUGGGACUGUGCAAACCUUGUCAUGUUCAACAAGGCCAAGUGCAAGGUCCUGUAUCUGGGGUGGGGCAAUCCCAAACACAAAUACUGUCUGGGUGGAAAAUGGACUGAGAGCAGCCCUGAGGAGAAGAACCUGCGGGUGUUGGUUGAGGAGAAGCCCAACAUGACCCAGCAAUGUAUGUGCUCAGAGCCCAGAGAGACAACUGUAUCCUUGUCUACAUUGCAGCAGUGACCAGCAGGUUGAGGAAGGUGAUUCUGCUCCUCUGCUCUGCUCUUGUGAGACCCCACCUGCAGUGCUGCAGCCAGCUCUGGGGCCCCCAACAUAAGAAGAAAAUGCACCUGGUGGAGAGAGUCCAGCGGAGAUAGCGAAGAUGAUCAGAGGGCUGGAGAACCUCUCCUACGUACAUAGGCUGAGAGAGCUGGGGUUGUUCAGCCUGGAGAGGAGACAGCUCUGGGGAGACCUUACAGCACCUUCCAGUACUUAGAGGGGGCUUACAAGAGUUGGACAGAGACUUUUUGCAAGGGCAUGUAGUCAGGACAAGGAGGAAUGGCUUUAAAAUGAAAGAGGGUGGAUUUGGAUUAGAAAGAAGUUCUUCACUUUGAGGAUGGUGAGGCCUUGACACAGGUUGUCUAGAGAUGUGGGUGCCUUAUACCUGGAAGUAUCCAAGGCCAAGUUAAGGGGCUUUAAGCAACCUGGUCUAAUAGAAGGUGUGCCUGCCUAUGCCAGGGGGUGUAACUAGAUGAUCUUUAAUAUCCCUUCCAACCCAAACCAUUCCAUAACUCUCUUCCCUUCAUAAUAUAUACAAAUGCUUUAUAGUCAUUGAUAAGCAUUUCAGUGUCAAUGAGAUAUCUGUUCUGAGUAGUACUAACUGUUUCAGAGGCCAUGGUAGAGGCAGUCUUCCUCCCAGCUCAGCCAGGUGUUUUUCUCUGCUGUAAGCUAUACUGAUUUUCACCUGCCAUUACUUUGUGCAAACUCGUGAAAUGGGUUUUGCAACUCCUUGAGGCAGUUUGCAUUUUACUGCCUUGAACAGACUGGUACCACCAGCAGAUCAGUCAUUUGCCUGUCUGAUGGGUCUGUGGAUGAACACUGGCCCUACCACAAUCCCUCUAAGAUGCAAUUGGUGGCUUCUCUCCACUGUGAAGAAUGGAUGAUUUAUCCUUACCUUGUCUCUCUAUCCUGUAUGCAGUUGCUGACUCAUGAGAGGAUCUUCCCUCUUAUCCCAUGCCAGAUUAGCUUCUUAAUGGGUCCUUGGUGACAGAUGUUGUUAAAGGCUUUCCAGAAGCUGAGCAGAUCACAGUGAGCGGAUUGCUCUCAUCUGCAGCUUCACAGUUUCCUCUGAAACUGUCAGAGGGUGGUGGUGCACAGCUUCAUAGAUUCUCACUGCAAAGCUCUGCCAAUUCUCCCCUCUUAGUCUGUGUCUCUCCUUGCAACUAUUCUGUUACUAUGGCUUUUGCUGUUUGCUUGCCACAGGUGUCAGAUUUAAUGGCUUGCAUUUCUCUAGAUUCCUUACAGUGCUUAAAAGAAAACAGUAUCACUUGCCAUCCUCUUUUUUCUUCAGCUGUUUUAAGUAUAGGCUUAUACACAGGCUCUUACAGUGCAACAAUUUCCAUUAGUUACUCACAAGUGAGUAACGUCUGCUUUUCAUGAAUUUGUUACUAUCCCUUGCAUUUAUUUGUUCUAAAGUCUCAUCUAAUGACCCUUCAAUCUGAGGCAGCUUCCCUGCAUUAUCCCUUUAACAAAUGGUUCUGCCAUGGGAAUUUCACUAAGCUUUUCUGCACUGAAUGCAGACACAAGUAAUCUGUUUAGCUGUUGUGUUAGGAUGUGUUUUCUCUCAAACUCCUUUGCCACCCUGAUCACUUGAUCACUUGCUGACUGCACACCCUGGACACCUGCAGAGCCCUCCAGCAGGCUCCCUGCUCCUGCUAGGAGAGAGGAGGCUUUUUGUCUAGUAACAAGUUUCCUCAAAAUAUUUUUUUAGUCUUCCUUUCCAUUUCUGCUUUUAAUUUGACACAGUUCAUGUCCUUUCCCUAAUGUGGAGGGGAUGUAUUUUGGUUCUUUCCCAUGUAAUUUUUAUCAUGCUAUUACAAUGACCCAGUAAUUAUCUUCCUUCUGGAAUAUGUCUGAUAUUUCAGACUUGUGGUUAUAAAGAUGUCAAAAUGGCACCUUUAAACAAAUGUCAUCAUGAUUCUCUGCUCCUCUCUUUCGCCUCACUUCCCCAGUUUCUAGCUUGAAAUUCUUUUUUAAAUCUUACUCCUUCUCACAGAGGUUUUCUCCCUGGUUAAAGUCAUGCCACACAAAAAUCGAGCAUUCUAUUCAGAAACGUCAUCUUUUUGUUCCAAAAUCUUUCAAUUUGCCAAGAAGAUGUCCUAAGAUUUUGGGAAUAACUGAACAUCCUUCCGUUAUGCUUCCCUAGGCAUGGAAAACUUAAAUAAUCUAAAAUAUAUUAGAUACAUAGUGAUACUGCCCUGUGCCAGCUGUACACCUCCCCACAAAGGGGAGUCACACUUUCAGUGCCUUCAGGCCAGCUCACUGACACUGUCUGUUUUCAGGCAGUUGAAGUUUGUUGAGAUGAGUCCUGUCUUGAUCCCGCUGCCCAGCCCCAGGUGUCCGCCUCUAGCAAUAUCUCAUCAGCCAUCCCUGAGUUUCUGCUCCUCACCCAAGACUCAUGCCAGGAGCUGAAGCAAAGCUGUGGCCUCUGUUACCUCUCCAGCUCCAGCUGAAGCUGAGCUGGCAGCUGAGGAAUUUUCAGAACUCCAUUUUGAUCUUAAAUCUCCCUGUGCUGCCUCAUCAGCUCUGCAGUUUUCGUCUGAAAUCACAGAACAAGUGUCAGAGAAAUACUCACACACGGGAGAGGAUUAACAGUGGAAGGUUCAUUAAAUCUCCCUGACCUCCUCAUGUUGAUGAAAGGUGUCCUGAAAGAAAGACUUAGCUGUCACCUGGGCAAAGCAUUUUAUCCCUCUGCUGUUCCUUAAGCCCAUGCAUGUCUGGACAUAAGUUAUCCAAACUGUGCUUGAGUAUUUCCUCCUUAUCCACACUUUCUGAUCUACAUUGAAGAGGCACCCCUGGCAGAUGGCAACCAAUCUGUCAUACUCACAUGGAACUUCAAAGGUGUAAUUGUGGUAUAGAAAGAGAACGAUUAUAUUUUGAGACAUUUUUAUCAAUCCUUGUGAUUCCAGAGAGCAGAUGGGAUGUGUGAUGGAUUUUAGAGCUUGAGCACAAAAUAAUAGUUUUCUGCAACAGGGAAUUUUGUUGAUUUUCUUCACAGAAACAAUGCCAUAAAGUCAUAUUGUCUUGAUGUAGGCUUUUGCCUCUGUUUAAAACAAAUUUCUGGAAAAUGCAGGAAAAUUGGCAUUCACCAUUCAUUACCAUUCUCUUCCAGUCAAGGACUAUUUGAGAUAAAUUGCAAAUUCAUUAGGAAUAAAUGUAGCAAUUAGAGAUAACAUCAUGGCCUGGACCGAGAUUUUUAUUGUUUUCACAGCAAUCGAGCGACUAUUGUUACGUUGUCCGCUGCUCUAUUCUCUGCUUUCCACCAGAGGGAGAUGUUGGAUCAAGCAGUUGCUGAAAAAACCCGCACACUCCAUCUCAAAGAGCAAAUGGAGUGAUGCUUAAUUCAGUGGAAAUCUGUGUGCCUGUCGGGUUCCCACACACCUGCAAGGCUUGGGGGACUUGGUCUUGUGUGCUUCAAUAGAGCUCUAAAGAGGGAUCGUGGAGCAAUUAUUUAUGGAGUACACGUAAAAAAAGUACAAUAAAAUGUGAAGGUAGCAGCAUAACAGAAGCGGUUGUUAACAAAAAAAAAAAAAAAAUCCAAACAAACAAACAAAAUAA